AUGAACAAAUUUAACAUAUUUUUAGUAAUUUGUUUUAUUUUAAAAUCCAAUUGUUAUAAAUUUAGUUGUGAAAAGCAUAGUAUUUUUUUUAGAAAUAAAUGCUUUCUUUUACUUUCUAUAAAUGAACCGGCAUUUCCUGCUUUGUUUUUACCUUUAUUAACUCCGCAAGUUAAAAAUGCAAUUGUUAAAAGUAUAGAACAAGAAAAAUUUUUUUCCGUUGGUUUUUUAAAAAAAACUAAUUAUUUAUUAAAAAAAUAUAUUAACGCCAAAGACUUGAUUAAAUUAGAAAAAAUUUUUAAAUUUUAUUGUCAAAGAAUUUCAAGAGUUUAUCUUGUUCAAAGCAAUAAUGCAUUAAAAAAUUAUGUUGCUGAAACUGAUAUACAAUGUUUUGGGAAACGAACAAUGAAAAUUAAUGUUGAUUAUAGAAAAAGUAUAAGGUCAAAAAGUACAAAAUCUUUAUGUAUUUCCCAAAUUGCAUAG